UGGCGGCGACUACACGACGCGACGGGCGAAUUCGAAAUUCGAAUAUUUCGUCAGUCGUACGGAGGCCGGCUCGCUAGGACGCCGUUCGCGGCGCUAAACCACGCGCGAUCGAUCGUUUUCAUUCAUAUUAUAAAACCAUGAAUUAACAAUACAUUUAUUUACCUUUACAAUAGUGCUAUAGUUCACACUGCCCAUACAACAGAACUGGAUCAUAAGUUUUUCAUAACUUAAGCUUAACGUAAAAACUACCAAAAUGAAGGACAAAUGUAAUCUUGAUGGAGCUCACGAGGCUAUGCUUGCUCAAAGUCCGAAGCCAGUCGUUAAAAGUAAAGAGACACAGAGUCAGGACGAUUAUGAAGCUCUACAAAGUUUCCUUCGCAGCAUUAGCUCCACCGCUACUCUACCACCCUACGUCAAGGGAGAAACUUACUCCUCCACCAGGGGUGUUAUCAAUCAGUGCCUUAUAACUUGCGCAGUGCUGAUUCUGGCUGCCGGCGCUGGUCAUCCGAUCGGAUUCUCAGCAGUAGCCUUACCCCAACUCAGGAUAGAGAACAGCACCAUGAGGAUAGAUGAAGAGAUGGGAUCAUGGAUAGGCAACAUACACUCGGCCGCAACACCGUUGGGCUCAAUGAUAUCUGGGCCCAUCAUGGAGGCUAUCGGCAGGAAGACCACGCUUCAGGCAUCCACUGUACCUCUGGUGAUAGGCUGGAUCCUGAUAGGAACGUCGGGCCAUCACGCAUUGCUGUUACUAGGCAGAGUUAUUUGUGGGUUCGCGGUGGGCGUUCUGGCUGCUCCCUUACAGGUUUAUUUAGGAGAAAUUGCCGAACCAAGGAUGAGAGGCCUACUGAUUGGGGCUCCGUUUGUGGCCUAUUCGAUGGGUGUGCUAUACGUGUACGCUCUGGGAGGGGCGCUUCCCUGGAGGACGGUGGCCUAUCUGUCCAUACUGCUGCCAUUCUUUGCGGUCGCGGCAUUAUUCUUUUCGCCAGAGAGUCCCACCUGGUUGGCUAGAAGAGGCAGAUUUCACGAAGCGAUGGCUGCUAUGUCCAUGUUAAGGGGGAAUUCUGACACAGCGCAACGUGAGCUGCACGAGUUAAUAUCAGCCAGGGAGAAAGAGAAGGCGCGUGGCGAAGAGAAUCUACGUUUCUUCUCAACAGUGCUAAGGCCGCCGGUGUUGAAGCCUCUCUUACUGAUCAACGCUUUUAACAUGCUGCAGAUUAUAUCCGGCACUUAUGUCGUUAUAUUUUAUGCAGUGGACAUUGUCGAAGAUUCCGGCGGGGACAUGAAACCUCAUUUGGCUGCAAACGCCACUGCACUUGUCCGCCUCGCAGUGACCGUGGUGGCUUGUGUGCUGCUUCUGAAGGUCACCCGGAGGGCCUUGGUCCUCGUAUCCGGAGCCGGGACCGCUCUCUGCACUCUCGCACUAGCCUUCAUCCUCACCCAAGGACCAGGCACAGGAUACACCAUCCCAGUACUGAUCCUCGGCUACGUCGCGUUCAAUACACUUGGUUUCUUCCUUUUACCGGGCCUAAUGAUCGGCGAACUAUUGCCAACAAAAGUGCGCGGUCUUUGCGGCGGAUAUAUCUUCUGUCUAUUCAAUACCGUCCUCUUCGGGUACACUAAGCUGUACCCAAUUAUGAAGAGCAGUAUUGGUAUUGCGGGAAUAUUUGGGUUGUUCGGAGGUUCGGCAUUGUUAGCCACUGUGAUUCUGUUCCUGUUACUUCCAGAGACGAAAGGCAAGUCUUUGAUUCAGAUAGAGCAGUAUUACCAGAAGGAUAACAUUCUGUGGAUGACGCGGAAAAAAAUUGACAGCGCGAGUAUUUAGUGACAUUAUUAUUAUGUGGGUACUUUAAAAAAGUGGUACUUAAAUAUUUACAUAGCUUCAUUACGAAUUGGUAGUUGAUCUCGCACACAGAGUGUCCGGUGUCGAAGUAACUGUCACCUGAGCUCCGUAUUCCAGAAGGUAUCUCAAUACCUACGUAGGCAAAAGCGUAUUUAUUCAUUUAGUUCAAUACAAUACUUAUGAAUGUAAAAAUUUUUGCUUUUAGCCAUUUACUGCCAAUUGAGAAUAACUCUUUCGCUUAUAUAUUCACAACUUCAUUUUUUUACAUUUUUGAAGUGAAAACUUCUUUAUCAUCGUUGUGAUUUGAAAGUCGGUGAAACGAAAAAGCGACAAUUUAAUAGAAGGGGAGAAAAUAGGAAGCAUUAUACAGUAUUUUGGUACCAGGCGAUCAAAGUUGAAGAAGAGAUUGUCUUAUUUAUAACGCGAGUAUACCUUACUAUAUUCUGACGUCAUGCGCACGACAUGAGUCAUCCUAGCAACAUGUACCAGGACUUCAUAUGCAGUUUAGAGAUUCAUGCACAAUGCAGGUUUCACUUUUACUAAGAACGAUUUUUACGACGCGAUGCAGUAAAAAUAUUUAAAUUCCUUAAAAAUAUCCAUAUUCAUGUGCUUUAUCGUGGAAACGUAACAAGCAAAACGCCCUCUUAGGUUCGUAUUGAGCCGCGUUCUGGAAUACGAGCCAAGAAUAUUGUUACAAUGCCAAUAUAACGUAGAACGUUUAACCCUUAACAGACAAAUGAAUAUUAUUUUACAGAUAUCGGAGGUAGGCUAAUUUAAUAGGAUCCGGUUUAUCUUUAAACGAAUCCUAAAAUUUCGCAAAGCAUUUCCAUUACAUAGGUAUAUUAUUAUGUAGAUUUUUACUGAAUUUUUCAUGAACAUAGGAAUUUAAAUAGGUAAUAGAUGUGCUAAUUGUUUGCGGUACAACUGUCGUCUACCUAUAGUAUGAACAAACAUUACUAUGAACGGUUGCAACGCCCAGGAUAUUGGGGGGCGUAAACAAAAUGGCGGCAAUAUGAAAAAAUUAAGAAUCUCAUAUUACAAAGGUUGUCAAAAUAUAUUUUAUUAAACUAACAGCAGAUUAGUUUAAAAAAAUACCACAUAAUCAUUACUUAUUCGCUGGUGGUUUCUAAGUCAUCUGCGAGGUGACAUGCUUAACGCAGCUGUAUCACUUGUAAGUGAUCAUCUUAUUUAGAUUCCUAUGUUUUUAUAUUUGUAUCACUAAUUGUAUAUUUAAUUGUUACAAAGUUUAUUCUGAAUAUAAUAUGCAUGUGAUGAUACAAAAAUAUUUACAAAGUCGAUUUGUAUUUACUUAUUAUUAUUAUUACUGUUAUGAAAUAAUAUUUAUACUUAUUAUAUUUUUUGAGAAAGUAUAAAAAUUUAAAUAAAAUAUUAUUGUUUUGAAAUCAUUACCUAUUGGGAGGCUCCUUAGGCCAGGAUGCCGGCUAGAUUAUGGGUACCACACAUAAUAUGGCGGUGCUGCUAUAAUAAAAAUGUAUAACUAAAAAAUACUCUUGCAGUCGUCCAGAUGAAAUCAGUUUUUAUGAAUUUAAUAUUUUAUUUGUAUGUGUAUAUAAUUAAAUACAAUAAAAUGCUUACUCAAAAAUAUAGGUUUAGUAGCAUUCCACGAAGAAUAUAUUAAUUUACUUGUAUUUUAUUUUAUUUAAUGAUAAUAAAUAAUUGAAAAUUCUAAUUUCAUUGUAUUAAAAUGGUGCAUUUUUCAUAAAAAAAAAUCCAUUUAUGGCUGACAGGCACUUAAAUUUUAAUAUAACAAAAUAAAUAAACAAGAGAGUGGGACUAAACUGGAUGAGAGAUAAACACAAAAAAUAUUAAUUAAGUUAUAUGUUACAUGUCUUGACAUUGGAACAAUGACUUAUAUCUCUUGUAUAAUCCCACUUAUUUAUUGAAUCGUCGUGCCCGGUUCAAACAGUUUUUUUUUGUAUACCUGGACAUCCUACAGCCGUUUAAGCGGCAAAAAACUCAAAAAUGAAAUGAAUGGGACGCUAAAAUUAAGAUCUGUCGACUAUUCAUGAUGACAUACGAGUAACAUUGGCACUGACCUCUACUAUAUACUACUGGACUGGCGGCUAACAAAAGCCUUUUGUGCCUGUUUAAUAUUCGCCAUUUUGGCGCUGUUGGCCAUGUAGCGAGAGUCUGUGGAACUAAAACUAGUGAUGACAACCGCAACUAAACAAACAUAGAUAGGAAAACUAUUAACAAAAUAAUGUAUACUUUAUUACGUUGAUUCCUGAAGUAUAAAUAACACGAACCGAAAUUAAUUCAAAAUGCAAAAUACUUCAGAGUAUUAUACGUUUCUCUCGCAUCCAUUUGUAUUAUACGUCAAAAUUAGUUCUCUGGACGCUCGCGAGUGGCGCUUCAAAUAGGCACAAAAAAUUUGCUGUCAAACAUAUGGAACAGCUUGUCUAGUGGUACAGGUCAGUGAACAUUGGCAUUAAUCGAGUUUUUCGAAAAAAAAUAUAAUGAUUGGGAAUGUCAUAGAAAAAAUACCUACUGUAGAGGUACCCUACCCCUACAUACUACCCUUGUUACAUUAAUGAAAAUGACGCAUCAAGUAGAUCACCAAGCUUAUCUACCCAUAACUGUGACAAUAUGGAUUGAUUAGUAACACAUUUUAAAACGGCUGAAGUCGUAGCGUAAAAUGAUACGACUAUUUAUAUCGCAUUCCUUGAGACAAGAUAGAAUUUUUCGUGUGCCUGUAAUUAAGCGUAGGUAAGUAAAGACUAUUACGCUGACAGAUCUAUUACGCACUGUCGGCUAGAUCGCCGUCGAAUGUGACUUUCUAUGGUUUAAAUAGGUGUCUACACACUUGCUCGUUGCAACUCGGAGACCCGCCGGGCAAUGGCGACCGCAAAAGCGACUGCCUCUGCAAAGCAUUCACUCUGUCUAGAAUCUAGAGGACAUCUAGAGUCUAGACUCUAGCGGCCUUACAAAUAAAAUUGGCAUAAAGUUAUAACUAAUCAUAAACCAAGAAUAUGUAAAAUGUUUACAAAUAGACAUUUUGAUUACGAAUGGUUUGUUCGGACGUAUAACAUUUCCAGCGUUUAUUUGCAAGGCAGCUUGUAAUUAGGAAAACUUCAGAAAUAUCAUUGUAUUGACAGUGUUGUCAACGGUAAACAUUUUGAAUUUUCUUUGUUUAUCAUCAGUUAUAAACUUUAUAACAAGUUUAUUUGUAAGGCCGUUAAUGUUUCUCUAGCAUCGCGUACAAAAAUGGCUCCAGGUUUCGAAACGGUUAACUUAAUAUAGUAAUAAAAAUACGAAAAGCUAUUCCAAAUUUAUUGAGCAGCUGUUAUUCCUAUGGGGAUUUAAAUAAGAAAUAGUAAGAAGAAUUACUUCUUCUGGAGAAUUACCAGAUAAAGAAAAAAGAUCGAGUCAUUCGGCUUGGUCUCCUGUUUUGGUCACCGGCGACCAUUCGGCAGUUCGUAAUAGCUCUUAUGUAUGGUUGCGAGUUUAUUAAGCAUUAAUUUAAUAGGUACUAUUUCUUUACUUAAACAAACAUCAGCUCUUAAAACUGUUUUCUUUAUCCAAAUGUUAAAUAUUUUUAUUUGUCGAGCUGUGUUAUAUUAUAUUUAUUACCUCUGUUUAUAAAUCGUUUAGGAACUAUGUAUUAAUCCGCGUGAGAUAAAUCUGUGAUUUUAAAUGACGAUACGAAUACAUACCUUAUAGUUAAAUAUUUUUAUAGUGUACAAACACCUACUUAUAAUAGAAGUUAUUUUAUAAUAUUAUGAAUGUGAUAAAAAUAAAUAACUCGAAUAUUA